AUAUCAGGUUCUGCCGGGCGGCGGCCGCGGCCGCGCGCAGAGGAUAAAAAGCGGUCACGACGAGGAGAGCAACCCGCCCCCUUCGUUCCUUCGGUCACAGGCCCUCCCUCCGUGGUCCCUUCGUCUUCUUCCUUCGUUUUCCUAUACCUCUGGCAGGUCAAUUAGCCCGGCGCCCCUUGCAUACACUCUCCUUCAUCUGUCGUCUUUAUUUUUCGUCACUAUGUUCUCUAGCUUCGCUGUCCUCGCACUCUCCGUUUCUGGGGCGUACGCCCAUGCCUUCAUCAACUCUGUCCAGGGCGCCAACGGCGUCAAUGGCAUUGGUCUCGGUGUUACGUUUAACGGCGAGGUUGCCCGCGGUGGUACCGGCGAGCAGCCUUUCCAGCUCGACACGCCCGUCCUGAAGGACACGACUACUGAUCCUUGCGGCGCUACUCUCCUCGCCGGCUCGGUCAACAUCGAGAAGUCGAUGGCUGCCGUCGAGCAGGCGAUGGGCGGCAUGCCCACCAUCCCCUCCGACGGCUCCUUGACCAUGGGCGUCUUCCAGGUCAACGCUGACGGUGGAGGGCCGUUCACUGCUGAGAUCAACACCGACGCGACUGGCCAGAAGUGGACCGCGAUCGAUGUCACUUCUCAGCCCCCCGGUGUGAACGGUGUUCUCCACAACGGCCCCGCCAACUCCUCCAUCACCGUCAGCGUCCCCUCGGGCACCAAGUGCACUGGUGGCUCCGAUGGUGCUACUUGCCUGAUCCGCCUCAACAACGGUGGUGCCGACACUGGCUCCCUCGCUAACGGUGCUGGUCCCUUCGGUGGUUGCGUCGCUGUCUCCCAGGGCAACAACGCUGUCGCGACCGGUAACAACAACAACAGCGGCAACGCCAACGCCAACGCGAGCGGCAACACCAACAACAACAAGGGCAACGGUAACGGCCGCAACCGCAACGGCAACAACAACGGCAGCAACAACGGCUUUGGUCUCUUCGGCCGUCUUGCUGCGCGCCACGGCGAGCUCAAGCAGCUCAAGCAGAAGCGCGAGCUGCUCAACCGCGAAAUCCUCGAGGCCCGCCAGAAGCUCACCGCCCAGCUCAUUGACGAGCUGAAGACCACUACGGGUACGGCCAUUGACAUCCCCAUCGACCGCAUGGCUGGCUUCGACGACGCUGCUGCGACUGGCGGUAACUCGACUGAGGCUCAGAACAACGACGGCCCUCUUACUCAGCAGGAGGCCGUUGACCUCAAGAAGGCCGUCCAGCUCGCCAUCGAGCAGGCUCUUGACUUGAUGGCCAGCGACGAGGUCGAUGCCGGCCAGUUCGGUCAGGACUCUGACAUCACGGACAAGCUGAACGCGCAGGCCAACGCCGACCAGGCUGCUGGUACUACGUCGAUCAACGCUGGUAACGCUGGUGUCGGCUUCUUCCAGACCGACGUUGUCGACCAGUUGCUUGGUGGCAUCAAGACUGCCUCUGCCGAUCUUCAGGCCACGGGUACCGCUGCCGCUGCUCAGUCGACCAUCACGUCGUCGGGCAACAACAACAACAACAACGGCAACGGCAACAACUCGAAGAACGGCAAGGGCAACAACACGGGCAACAACGCCAACAACAACGGCGGCUUCGGUGGCUUCGGCAACAACGCCAACAACGGCGGUGGCUUCGGGCGGAACUCGAACAACCGCCGCCGCAUGCAGCAGCUCAAGCGCCGCAUCUCGCAGUGGAUUGAGGACGACGCGUAGAUAGCCUAUGCGCUGAACAUUCUGACGACCUGGCUGUCCCACUGGCAUGGGCAGCGCUUUCAUCACGUCGGCGGCAUUUGCUUGC